GCAGUAGUGACGUCACGGAGGCGCCGUUGCAGGAGGGCGGGCGCAGCGCAGCGGCGCGUCGUGCCGAGGCCGGGCAUGGCCCAGCUGGGCGCCAUCGCCGCGCUCGUCCUCAGCUUCCUCGCCGCCGCCUUCCUCUCCGCCAUCCACAAGAUCGAGGAGGGCCACAUCGGCGUCUACUACCGCGGCGGCGCGUUGCUGACCUCCACCAGCGGGCCCGGCUUCCACCUCAUGCUGCCCUUCAUCACGUCCUACAAGUCAGUGCAGACCACGCUGCAGACCGAUGAGGUGAAAAACGUUCCCUGCGGUACGAGCGGAGGAGUGAUGAUUUACUUUGACAGAAUUGAGGUGGUGAAUUUCCUGAUCCAGAGUGCAGUAUAUGAUAUAGUGAAGAACUACACUGCUGACUAUGACAAAGCUCUCAUCUUCAACAAGAUUCACCAUGAGCUUAACCAGUUCUGCAGUGUCCACACGCUCCAGGAGGUCUACAUCGAGCUGUUUGAUCAGAUUGAUGAAAACCUUAAACUGGCAUUGCAGCAAGACCUAACUACAAUGGCCCCUGGAUUAAUUAUACAGGCAGUUCGAGUUACAAAGCCAAACAUCCCUGAAACAAUCCGGAGGAAUUAUGAGCUCAUGGAGAGCGAGAAGACCAAGCUGCUGAUUGCAGCACAGAAGCAGAAGGUGGUGGAGAAGGAAGCGGAGACAGAGAGGAAGAAGGCCCUCAUUGAGGCAGAAAAAAUUGCUCAAGUUGCUGAAAUAACUUAUGGACAGAAAGUGAUGGAAAAAGAAACAGAGAAACGGAUUUCAGAGAUUGAAGAUGCUGCGUUUCUUGCAAGAGAGAAGGCAAGAGCUGAUGCUGAAUGCUAUACUGCUAUGAAAGUAGCCGAAGCUAACAAGCUGAAGUUAACUCCCGAGUACUUGCAGCUGAUGAAAUACAAGGCUAUUGCAGCAAACAGCAAGAUUUAUUUUGGCAAAGAUAUUCCCAACAUGUUCAUGGACUAUGCAGGUAGCCAGACUAAGUUUUCGGAGGGACUGGCAGAAGGAAUCCACGAAGAGGAUGGGGCAGGACCUAGUGAGGACACAAAACUGCUUCAGAACACCAACUGAAAAGAAACAUUUCUAUUUGUUUUAUAUCGAAAGAAACAUGAACUGGGAAGUUCCUUUUUGUUUUCCCCUUUUCCUGUACUGAAAGAGAUAAGACUUAAUCCUCUCAAUCUUUUGUAUGGCAAUUAGACACAAUGACUUUGGUAUUUAUGGAGUGGUGUUUCUGGUAACUGCUAAGUAAUCUGCUGCAGAUAAGUCUGCUAGAUGCACCUCUCCCUGCUAAUGGGCUAAUAAACCCAAUGAUUCCAGAGAGGCUAGCUAGGCUAUCUAUUCUGCAGCCAGCUUAGAAGGUUAAUUAAUUUUGAAUUGAGGUUGUUGGUAGCAGUUGGAAGUUUUGGGAUUUUUAGCAGGAGGGGGAUUGCUGCUAUGACCUUUUUUUUUCUAGUUGGAAAUUUCUAGUAUUUAAUUCAAAUCCCUCUGAGAAGAAAAAAGAAAAAUAAAAAAAGGUGCUAGACUUUUUGUACACUACCCAUGUCUGCUCGAAGGCAUUGCCCAGAUGGUGGGUCACUGCCUGGGGCACUGGGAAUAACAGCCCGUGCGUACGCUCCAGGCCCAUCCUGUCUGCAAGGUGUAGCAAAUACAUGAAACCACUGCAGCUGGAGCGUUGCAGGUUACCUUGGGGGAGAUGUAAGCCUUAGACUGCGUGUCACACAGGUAGUGACCCAAACUAUACAUUUUCUGCAUUUUAACACUGGUUUCUUUUCCAUUUGUCAUACUUGGGGAGGGCGAAGGGGAGUUUGUGUUUAUUUGCUGGCUGAGGGGCUUAGAUGUGCUGGUGGAGGCAGUGCCUGCCAGUGACUAAUUGGACUUAACUUUUGGUGAAACCAGGCUGCAAGCAUGGUACUUGUCACAGUUGUCAUAGAACAAGUAGAGAGAGAGAAAUUUUUGUCUCAGGGACCCUGACCUUGCAAAAAGCCUUGCUAGUGAGAAACUGCUUGAGUGACUCAUCUCACAGUCAUUGCAGUGCAUCUGGUCUUCAAGACCAACGGGAUUUCAGUGUUUGCAGUGUUGUAUUAGAAAGAGGCUGUUCAGGUAAGCUGAAAUGAAUGGAACACAGCACCUGGGUGGUUGUUUUUGGUUGUUGUUUUUUUUUGAGAACAGACGUUGAGAGGAAGAUUUAGUAGCAAAAGACUCAAAACGUCAUCCUGGAAAAAAUCACAGAGCAAAAACGACCACCUCUUCUCUCUGGGCUGUCCAAAGAGAAACAUUCCUUCUUUGCUCAGAACACUGCUACAUCAUGUACCUUUUGUUUCAGGAAACUGAUUCAUUUUUCACUUAUCAGAUGCAAAGAGAUAAUAGUUUUUUUGUUUUACACACGUGCAAAACUUGAGGGGGUGUUAAGAUCAAAAGUUCAGGGCUAGGAAACUUUUUUUUUUUCCCUCUCCCCCAAAUCCAUCUGCCACUUGGCAGGAGAGCCUGCUUAUUAAUUGCUGUUAUAAAUUGCAGCCAAUAUAUCCAUGUAAGAUGAUGAAAACGUAAGCACUAAGUUGGUCAGGGACCAACCUGUUGGAUUUAUGAUCUUGUGCCCACAAUGCUUGCUACUUACUAAGCUUGGUUUCACACUUCAGUGUUUAAAAUAUGCAUUAAUCGUUUUAAUAAGUAAUUUACACUAAGAUAGAAAUCUGAUUAAUUUCUGCUGCUUGUUCCAGUAUUUUCACUUCAGUUUUAUUUUCCCUGUUAGGAGAAUUACAGUUGAUACUUGAAAAUGCGAAAUAAAAGAGAUUGUCAGUUUCUGCCAGAGAAAAGUCCCAUCUCUUUUAUGUUGUCUUUGUAUUUGCUGGAAAAUCUUAAGCUAAGGAAAGUUCCAUCCCCAGACUGAUGUGCUACACUAGACAACACAGUGGUCAUAAAAACUGCAUUGAGAGGUAGGCUGUAAUAUUGCUCACUUUUCUAAAUAGGUCUCUGCAAGAAAAUGUUGAACAGAGAACAGCAGAAAUUUAGAAGUGAGGUAAUAGUACCUAACUCUUUUAGGGUGAUCUCAUUUGUUUGGCAUUGUUCUGCAUUCACGUUAAGGUUUUCCAUUAGUAACUAAAACCUGCUUUCAUAAAGUGUUUUCACUAGCGAAUGGACCCAAGUAAACCAAAUGGUAUUAUAAAGUGUGUUUUUGUAUGAGUUCACUGUAAAAUAAUAGCUUGGAAUAAAUAGGUCUUAUGGAUUUUUAAAUUGAAAACAUUACUGCUGAAGUAUUUCUCGGAGGAGGGGGGGAGAAUAGAAGAAGGAGUAGCCAGUAUUAUUGAUUGCAAACUCACAGUUUUAAAACAUUUUGGAACCUUCAUGCUUCUGCACCACUGAGAACCAAGUAAUGUAGUUAACCUGUUAAAAGAUUAACAGGAAAAAAAAAAAAAGCAAGAACAAAGUUGAAAUUGUACCAGUCCUUAGAGGCCAGGAUCAAUUGUUGCUUUUCAUUCAGGUUCUUUAUUCUAUGUAUAAUUUCGUUAAUUUUCCAGAGUAGAUGUGUCACUACAUGUAAUUCUUUAUCCCAUUUAUCUCUUUCACUGUCAUUCUGUCAUCUCCAUAAUCCUGCAAUCUUGAAAGGAAGAUCUAAAUGCUUAAACUGCUCUGUCUAACAAAGAAGCACAGGUUUGCAGCACUGCUAUACCUGGGAACUGCUGGCAGGGGGAUGGUGAUGCUUUACCAGUGCAGCCGUGGAUCUAUGUACUGAAUUAAAAGCCUUUUUAUUUUGAUACUUGCUAUGACAAUAAAAUGGCCUUCGAUUUUAA